CUCCUCCUUCCCCAAAUUUCUCCCUCCGCCAUUAACGAACUCCGCAAUGCUCUAUGCUUGCUCCCGCACUCCGUCUCCUUCGACGAAGCAAACCCCUCCACUCCAGUAACCCAAGGUGCGGUCUCCACUUCCCUCCUCUCCCCCCUCUCCCCAACGACGACGAGGUCAUAGUCGAAUCCAUCUCCAGGAACCUCCGCCACCACAAAUGGAGCUUCCUACAACGAUUCUCCCCGAUUCUCACCGAUUCAAUCGUUCGUCGCGCCGUUCUUCGAUCCCGAGGUUCGCCGGAAUCGGCGCUGGGUUUCUUCAAUUGGGUGGAAAGGGAAAAGGGGCCCAAAAAUGGCUCUUUUCUCAGUUUGGAGACCCAUUCGAUCAUGAUCCAUGUGUUGGUUUCUUCGAGAAAGUUCGAAGAAGCUGUUUUUCUCAUGAAGCGGUUGAUGCGGCGAGAUGGUGUCUCUGUUUUGGAGCUUUUGGGAUCUUUGGGUAAGAGUUUUAGGGUUUGUAGUUCGGUUCCUGAUGUUUACGAUGCGUUAAUUAGGGCUUGCACUCAGAUUGGUGCUUCUGAAGAUGCCUAUUUGGUGAUCGAGAACUUGCGGUUGAAAGGUUUCCGGGUUUCGAUUCAUGCGCGGAAUAACUUUUUGAAUCAUCUCCUGGUGGCAAAAUGUGAUCUUUCAGGGUUUUGGAAGAGGUAUAGGGAAAUGCUUUCUUUUGGGUAUGCUGAAAAUGUGAACACUUUCAAUUUGAUCAUCUACGCCUUGUGUAAACAGAGCAGAGUUUGGGAGGCCUUCUCGGUUCUGUAUCGAAUGCUGAAGAAGGGGAUUUCUCCUAAUGUUGUUAGUUUUAAUAUGCUUGUAGAUGGAUUUUGUAGGAAUCGUGAAGUCGAUAUCGCUCUCAAACUUAUGCAUCAUAUGUCCAUUUUGUCAGGGAUGAAUGUUGAGCCUAAUUCUAUUACUUACAAUAGCAUAAUUAACGGGCUUUGCAAGGUUGGGAGAUCGACUAGUGGCGAGGAAAUUGUUAGGGAAGAUAUGAUUGGAAAAAGGAUACUGCCUAAUGUCAGAACUUUUGCAACUCUUAUCGAUGGUUAUGCGAGGGAAGGCAAACUCGAAGAGGCUCUUCGAUUGUUUAAUGAGAUGGUGGAAAAAGGCUUCGUGCCUAAUACAGUCGUAUAUAAUUCGCUCAUGAAUUGGCUUUUUAAGCAGGGAUAUGUCGAAGAGGCUUGUCUUUUAUUAUCCGACAUGAGAGAGAAUCAUGCGCCUCCAGACCAACACACGCAUGCGAUUGUUGUUGAUGGUUGUUGUAGAAAUGGGUUAGUCUCAGAGGCUGUAGGAUAUCAUAAGCAAAUAAGGGAGCAGAAGUUUGUCGAGGAUGUUGUUUCUUUUAAUAGUCUCAUCAACUAUUUGUGUAAGAAUGGGAGGAUCAAAGAGGCAAAUCAAUUGGUCGGCAGCAUGAUAGCUUGUGGUUUGACACCUGAUAUCUUUACAUAUAGUACAUUAAUAGAUGGAUACUGCAAGGAGAAGAGUAUAGAUGAAGCUAUUUGUAUAUAUGAUGGCAUGGUGAGGGAAGGGCAUAAACCUAACAUCGUGACAUAUAAUUCAAUUCUUAAUGGGCUAUGCAAAGAUGGGUCUUUAGAUGUAGCAAGAACCGUAGUUGACGAGCUUAGAAGAGCAGGGGUGUUGCUUGAUGUUAUUUCAUACAGCACAUUGUUCAAUGGAUGUUUAAGCCACCAAAUGAUUGAUGAAGCAUUUUCUGUGUGUUAUGAAAUGAGAAGAGUUGGCAUCGAGGUUAAUACAGUCACUUACAAUGCCUUAAUAAAUUUCCUCUGCAAGAUUGGCUGCUUUCAACGAGCAAAAGAGCUUCUGAAACUGAUGUUUGAUACAGGUCAGCUACCUGAUCAAAUUACUUACACUAUUGUGAUUACUGCAUUCAGUAGGAACUGUAAUCAGAAUGAAGUUAUUGAAUUGCAUGAUUUCAUGGUGCUUAGAGGAGUCACUCCUGGUGAUUAUACAUACAACACUGUAACGAGGUUGCUUAUCUGAAUACAACAUGCAAUUGCUGGUUAUUACAAUGAUUAUUAGCAUAAAUCAUGUAAGUUAAUACUGAUGUUGCUGAUUGUUGGCAUUGGAUACACAGAAAUGGGAAAAAUUUGUAUACUGGUCUUAGAUUUGUUCGUAAAGUUGGUAUAGUGUGCAACAACAUCCCUACUAAGUUGAGAAAAGGAAGAAGUGCAAAAUUAGAAAGAGAUAGAAGAAAAAGGAUUUUGGUGUGCAAGAGAAACUCAGGCCUCGCUUGGUAUUGUUGUAAUUAUUCUAUUUUUUAAAGCAGAAUCUCUAUAUGAAAUAGUGUCGGAAGGGAUGGUAGAUUGCUUGCAAUCCUUGCCUCCAAGGCAUUUGUUUGGCAACAAAAUAUAAAAAUUUGGAAGUAACCUUUUUUUU